AUGGUUAACUUGCUGCCAAUGCGAGAUAUUGUGCCUCAUAUGACAAAUUGGAGCUGCGACAUCACUGUUCAAGAAAGGCAGCAGAUUACAAGCUCAAUGGGCACACCAACAAGAAAGCAAAAGUUUGUUUUCUACGAUUCAGAAAUUUAUAAAAAGUAUAGAAUCUCCAAUGCUGAAGUCAGGCCUAUACCAUCAAAGUUCCAGACAUCUGACCUUACAGUUCAAUGGGUGAUCAGUAGCAGGACUGUCAUUGACAAAAUUCCAGAUGAUGAUGAAGUCAUGCCUGUGAAAUUCUGCUAUUCAAUGUUUACUAAUUUAGUUCAGUACAUGGAUGACAAAACUAAAUCAAUGGUCAACUUUUUAAUAGUCAGCUUCUCUGAGUUAUUCAUAGAUGUGCUGGGAGUAGUGAUCAGUGCACUUGAGAGGAAAACAGUUACUAAAAACUCAAGGCAAUCAGAUGUUCAAAAGUUUGUUCUGCUUAAUGAAGAAUCACAGACAGUCCUGUUGUCUUUAUGGGAUAACUUUCUAGCUAAUGAGGGAGAGGACAUGCUAUCUAAGCUUCACAGCUAUCCUGUGAUAAUUGCUCGCAGAGUCAGAGUGAAUAACUAUAAUGGAGUCGCACUUGGAACUUGGUUUGAUUCAGCAAUUCUUGUUGAUCCGCCUAUACAAGAAGCAAGAGAGCUCAAGAACUGGGCUUUAAGGAACAUUGACCUGAUUAAAGAAAUUGUUGGAAAAAAGGCCUAUAUUAAAUAUGAUCCACAACUGUCAUUGAAAUCAGACCAAAAAACAACUUGGAUUUGUAACAUAACUUCAUCACAGAAGACUAUAUGGGUGAAGGCGCAGGUCUCUUUCAAACACAUCUUCCAAAAAUAUUGGUACAUGAGCUGUAAAAACUGUUGCCGAGCUACAGCUGCAGGCCAUGAAGUUGUGUUUACAUGUAACUCGUGCAAAGAGAAACAUCCUGCAGUUCCUAGAUGCCGCUUUGAUGUUGAUUUAACUGAUAGCACUGGUGUGAUACCAGCUUCAUUGUUUGGCGAAUUGGCAGAAAAGCUAUUGACAUUUAAUGCGCUGGAAGCAAUGCAGCAUUUUAAUGAGAAUGUUGAACUGCCGCUAGAGUUUGUCCAUAAUGAGCUCAGCUCAAAAACCUUUCUGCUACACAUCAAACCUGUGCAAGCACAGCUCGCCGAUGCAAGACAGCGUUACACGAUUUUAUACUACUCUGAAAUUGAUGAUGCUACCGCUUCUGCCCAGUUAGCAAUGCAACCAAAAGAUGGCUCUCCUUUUCCUACCAAAGAAUCUGACACCAUACAGUUGGGAACUCCAGGAGGAAAUAGUGCUCGUUCAAAGAUUUGUGUUCGACUUUCUGAUAGGUUUGAUGAGCCUCAAAACAUUGAACCAGAUGAGGAUGAAAAUGCAGAGUGCAGCUCUAGCAAGAAGCAAAAACUAAACUAG